AUUCUAUAGGAAAGGAGCUAUCAUUCUGAUAUGAAAUUUGAGAGAUGUUAACCAUAUGCAGACGAUAAUGCCAACACCAAAGCCUUGCUACUGCCUCGGUGGUAAGGCAGGGUGAGGAUGACCCAGAGAAUGGUAAAUAUGGUAAUUUUGCUGUUUUAUUAUGCUGAGCCUCCUCGUAGCUUUUCAAUAAUAAUAAUAAUUUGAAGAAACUCUCACUUCUGCAGCUCAUCACGCUCCUGCUGCACUACUGCAUUAUUCGUUAGGGUUUUGGAAAGUCACUUUCUUUUUUUUUUUUAAUUUUUUUUUAUUGACAUGUCAUCAGAUUCUUCCCAACCUGUUCCUCCAUCAGAUCCGAACCCAAUCACCGCCCACAAUUCCCUAGAUGAAGCGGCCACCACCGCAUGUUGCUCCUCUUCCUCCACCAUCACCACUUCUUCACCGCCUGUUGAUAUUCCUCUCUCUUGGCCUCCCGAUGCCGAGCUCAGUUUCGAUUGGAUUCGACAUUUCUCUUCUGCCUUGGAAUGGUCUUCUAGAAAUCUCCCUCCCUCAGAUUUUCCUUCCGUCUUGCCUGUUUCCGUCUUUGACUCUCUCGUCCUCACCGCUUCCAAGAUCCUUCAUAAGGAGUCCAAUUGCGUCACAAUUGACGAUUGUCUCUCUCUUCCUGAUUCCACUGUUGUCGUUGUAGGAGAUGUUCAUGGCCAGCUCCAUGACCUCCUUUUCCUCUUGCAGGAUGCUGGAUUCCCUUCUGACAAUCGCUUCUUCGUCUUCAACGGUGAUUAUGUUGAUCGAGGCGCAUGGGGUCUCGAGACUUUCUUGCUCUUAUUAGCUUGGAAGGUCUUUUUGCCACAUAGGGUGUAUCUCCUCCGUGGCAAUCACGAAUCUAAGUAUUGCACAUCUGUUUAUGGCUUUGAGAAGGAAGUUUUGGCAAAAUAUAAUGAUAAAGGUAAGCAUGUAUAUAGGAAGUGUUUGGGAUGCUUUGAAGGGCUUCCCUUGGCCUCUAUUAUAGCUGGCCGUGUAUAUACUGCUCAUGGAGGACUUUUCCGCAGUGUCUCCAUCACCCCAUCAAAGAGAUCUAAAGGAAAGAAGAACCGGAGAAUAAUUUUUAAUCCUGAGGCCACCCCCUUAUCUCUUGGUUCUUUUGAGGAAUUGUCCAAGGCUCGAAGAUCAGUUCUUGACCCCCCAUGGGAAGGUUUGAACCUGAUUCCUGGUGAUGUUUUAUGGUCUGAUCCAACAAUGAAACCUGGACUUUCACUGAAUAAAGAAAGAGGCAUUGGUCUAUUGUGGGGACCAGAUUGUACUGAAGAAUUUUUGAAAAAGUUCCAGCUAAAGCUAAUAAUCAGAUCCCAUGAAGGUCCUGAUGCAAGAGAAAAGAGGCCUGGUCUUGCAGGAAUGGAUGAAGGGUACACCAUAGAUCAUGUUGUGGAGUCAGGAAAGCUAAUUACUGUGUUUAGUGCACCAGACUACCCACAAUUUCAGGCAACGGAGGAGAGAUACAAAAAUAAAGGGGCAUACAUAGUUUUAAAACCCCCUGAUUUUGAUGAUACAGAGUUCCAUAGUUUUGAAGCUAUUACUCCAAGACCAGAGGUGAAUGCCUAUUAUGACUAUGAAGAUGUGAUUGAUUCUGAUGAAGAAGUGGACUUGGCGUCGAUGGCAACUGCUACAUAAAGACAAUUGCAGGUUUUAUAGGAAAAUUAGCAAAAUUUCAAUUUGUAGAUGUACUCUCUUCAUGAUUUUGUGUGUCAAUUAUUUGUUGCUAAAAGUAUUUCUUUUGCUAGCUAUCUUAUAUGGGGAAUCAUAUAUUUCCCAGUUUGUUGUUUUCCUUUGUGUGUGUUUGUGCUGGGCGUUUAUCCGAGCCUGAUCAGAUAUAAAACUUGGUAAAAAGAACUUAUUUCAUCGGAGCCUGUUAUUUUUAGCACCUUAAGGCCUUAGUUGCAGUUGUAUCACUGUUGUUUCAUCUUCCACUAUUACAUUUUACAAAAGCAUCACUUGAUUGAUAUUCUAGUACUGUUUAAAGGGUGUGGAGAUUGAAUGAAUAAGGAUGGAGAACUAGAGCCUAAACAUAUGAACACAGGAGAGGAUUUUGGAGUCCCAAAUUGGAGAACGUGGAUGAGGAAGGAGUUGCUUCACAAGCAAAUGCCACCUGCUACUUCGCUUAAUAUGCCAAAUCAUCAAGAUGCAAGGCAGUGAUAGGGUAGCUGAGGGAGAUGAAGUUAAAAACAGGCGGGUUUCAAGGUAGAUGGAGCGGACAAAAUCAACUUUUGUCCACUGAAAUUUUGUAGUGAAUCCUUCCCCAUAACUUCAAUAGAGUGUUAAAUUAAGCCAUAACCUGAGGACUUGUAAUUUUUGUUCUUUUUCAUCCCCAUCAAAACGGCAUGCUUAUGAUAUUUGUAACAUUUUGGAACUUAAAUGCAUCUUCAAUAUUUUGGUUUAAA